AUGGGUGUUGCGGUGCCUCGAAUUUUUCCUGCUAAGCAGAUCCUAAACAGAAUUCUUGCAAAUCCAGGAGGAGGUACUACGAAAGUACCGAAAGGCCACUUUGCUGUUUAUGUAGGGGAAACUAGUUGGAAGAGAUAUGUGCUGCCAUUAUCCUACCUUAACCAUCCUUCAUCCCAGCACUUACUAAGCCAGGCUGAGGAAGAGUUUGGAUACCACCAUCCUAUGGGAGCUCUGACAAUUCCAUGCAAGGAAGAAACCUUCAUCAAUCUCACCUGUAACUUGUGUAGCCCUUAA